AACAGAUUGGAACAGUAACGCAGCACGGGGUGCGCGCACGGAGGSUGCCCGCCGGUGCCCUCCCGGCACCCUGCUCGCCCGCCAGGCUGAGGAGCAGCCUGGAACAACCCGACAGACGCUCGGAAAACAUCCGUCACUGCUGACAUGCCGGAAGAGGGUGUUCCCUGGGCAGCUCUGGAGACCCAAGGGCUGUUUUUCCAGAGCAGGUGCUGAGAGCCAGCAGCAAAACAGACCUCUCCUUCCACACUGGACUGCAAAAAGCACGGCCRGGAAGAGGAGCAGAGGAGCCAUCCCUGGACCUGGGGAACCCCUCAGAGCUGUAGAGAUCGCACGGGAAACGCGGGCAGCUCCGCUUGGAAGGCCUGCACAUCUUUUACAUCCCUGCAGUACAGCACGUCAGACAGAACAAGUGGAAUAGCUAGUGACUGUAUGAUGACAGCAAAGGGCUGGUGAUGGACAUCCCCAGGGAUAUUUUGCUGUUUCUGAGGGCAUAGGCAAGCUGUACGAGAUACGUGUGGAGACGUCAGCCUGUCAGCACAGGAGCCGGAGCUGAGUGAUUCCGUGGAAUCCUCGAUUCACACAGCUCUGUUGUCCCCUUUCCGAACGCUGUAGGUCGCGCCCGCCGCGCGCCCCUCGGACCUGCUGCAAUGAGCGGGAAGUCGCUGCUCUUAAAGGUCAUUCUCCUCGGGGAYGGGGGAGUGGGCAAGAGCUCCCUCAUGAACCGCUACGUCACCAACAAGUUCGACUCCCAGGCUUUCCACACGAUCGGCGUGGAGUUCCUGAACCGGGACCUGGAGGUGGACGGGCGCUUCGUGACCCUCCAGAUUUGGGACACUGCAGGCCAGGAGAGAUUCAAGAGCCUGCGAACGCCCUUUUACCGGGGGGCAGACUGCUGCCUGCUCACCUUCAGCGUGGACGACCGGCAGAGCUUCGAGAACCUCAGCAACUGGCAGAAGGAGUUUGUCCAUUACGCCGACGUGAAGGACCCCGAGCGCUUCCCCUUUGUGGUCCUUGGCAACAAGAUAGACAAACUCGACAGGCAGGUGAGCACGGAGGAGGCGCAGAGCUGGUGCCUGGAAAAUGGGAACUAUCCGUACCUGGAGACCAGCGCCAAGGAUGACACCAACGUGGCCGUGGCCUUCGAGGAAGCCGUGCGGCAGGUGCUGGCAGUAGAGGAGCAGCUAGAGCACUGUAUGCUGGGCCACACCAUUGACCUGCACUCCAGCUCCAAAUCCGGGUCUUCCUGUUGUUAAGAGCGGCUGCCCCUUGGAGAAAUUCCCUCGACCCAGCGGCUGGAGCGGGGUAGGUGUGAGCGGCUGCUCUGAGGAAGGCGCCCCGAGGACAAUCCUGGGUAGCUCCCCAAGGAGCUGCAGCUUUUCCGUCCGAAUUCCAGCUGGGGUUUUCAGGCACAGGGAUAAAGCUGCCAGGAGGGAGCUGUCAAAGAACGCGUCUUGCUUCCAUCUCCACCUGUUUUGAGCAGGUUGAAAGGCCUGGGUGGUGCUGAAGAGAGCGAAUCUCAUCUUUACCAAGACCUGCAUGCAGAGCAGAGCUGGGAGGGCUCGAGACUCCCCGAGCAGUAUUGCAGUCCCAAAGUGAAAAACAGCAGACGCACUAAACUCAUGACCUCCCUUCGGAGGAAAGGCUGAACAAACCCUGCUGGGGAGGCCUCAGCCCACGCAGCUCUGAGAAUGCAAAUGCUGGAGUGACUGGGUGCUCCGGGUAAGAGCAGCCUGUCCUGAGACCCAGCUGUGUCACGAGUUGUUAGUGCUAUGCUUUGAAACGGCCCGUGAAGGAGAAGGAACCGCGGCCGAGUGCUGCAGCAGCAGCUCUUUGUGGCUGCCUCUUUCUGGUCUGGUUUUCCCCGCUUCUGACUUGGCCUCUGCUGCGUGUGUGACUUGGUGGAGAGCCGGGCUGCUUCCUGUUUCACCCGUGUGUGUUUGAGCUCGGCCGCAGCCUCCCGUGCUGCUUCUCACGCUGSGUCGCCCUGGGUGGAAGGGCGACCCAUCCAGCGAUCCAUCAUCCCACCUCCAGGUCCCAUCGGAGGGGUCAGGGCCACUCAGCAGGUUGGGAACCUGAACCCGGAGCAGCUCGUGGCUCUGUCACAGGUGGUUUCGGUGCCACACGACGAGCCCCGCAGCCCGGGAGGUGGGUGGGAUGUGUCCCGGGACACAUCCCGGUGAGUGGCUCGUGGUCGGCUGCGGAAGCCCUGGUCCUAUCCGUCCCCUUGGUUGGAUGGGUCAGUGUCCGCGGUCGCUUUGGGCUGUUGGGCUCCGGAUGUGGCGCUCGGGCUGUUCCCUGUCACCGCCCCCACGGCCGCCCGGGGAGUCCAGCGCUUCUCCCGAGCUCGUCCCACACACAUUACCCACACGGUUAAUUGGCCUUCGGUUAAUUGGCCUGCGUUAAUGGCUGCUUUAUCCCUGUCUGUUGAGGGGRGCUCUGCACUCAUUCCACCUCUGCCCAUGGAACGUAAGGAGCAGGAAACCUUGGAGAAAGGAGCCCGGACUUUGCUAGUCCCGGCUCCUGCCCCUGCUGGGUUUCCUCCCAAGCUGUCCAUGCAGCAGAGCUCAGAGCUCCCUGGCUGCUCUUCUCCCAUUGUAACCUCAUGUCCCGCAGCUUCCCGUGCGUGCGUUUGCCCCGGGCCCCGCUCCCAKGCCCUUUUCCAUGGGCGCAGAGGAAGCUGCGGAUGAGCCGGUUCGUUUACGCUGCGCUUUAGAGCAGAGCCGGCUCUGCCCUCGCGCUGCCUGCUGGCAGCCGAUGCCCCACGUAGCAGCUCCUGCGCACACAGGGUUUGUCCCCUGGGCAGCUCRGGGUGAUCCUGCCCCUCUCUGCAAAGCAGAAGGCACCCGAUGGCACCACAGCAUCCACGGAGUGGGCAGGGAACCUCUGGAAAACCGGGUCCCUUGGAGAGUGAGAGAAGGCUCUGCCUCCAUAGGUGCAACAGAGUUUUGCAAGUUUGGAAAAUUUAGUUUUAAUGUUUAAUUUAAUGUUUAUUUAAUAAUCCCUGACCUCUGCAGGCCUCGGUAGAUUUUUUUCCUUCAGUUCUGAUGUUUCCUUCGAGAUCCUGAGCACUGUGAGUGGUGGGUCCAGGUAGCAGCCCCGAGUCCGCACGUUCCCUGCGCCGCUCCAGCCUUGAUCUGCAUGGAGAUCCCGGAGGAGAGAGGAAGCUGGAGGAGCUGCGAUCCCGGGGAACGGGCAGGGUGCUCCAUGCAGGACCUCGGUGCAUGYUGGUUUUAAGAGCAGACGCUCCAGAACCUGCCCCACGGGCUGUGCAGACCCCUGCCCUGCGGCUGUUGCGCGUUGUUCUUCCCAACCACCGCUGGACAGCCGAUGUCGUUUUAAAACCCUGUUUUAUUAGGCCUGCAUAUUUUUAAGCUGUAUUUAAAAAGCCUAGUGUUUUGUAUUGCAUUAAAAUUGAUUAAUUUAUUUCAACCUGCUACACGCACAAUUUCCCA